AUGCCCACAGCACCGGACGACAUUGAGGGAGGGGCCGAUCGGCGGUGCACAGAUGUCCUUUUCAUGUUGGUCCUGAUCUUGGCGUGGCUAGCCAUGACCUACCUCGGCGUGGACGGCAUCUCCAACGGGAACCCGGACCUCCUCUUGAAUGGGAUCGACUACGACGGCCGCAUUUGCGGCGUCGACGAUGGUGUCAAGGACAAGUCUAAGCUAUACUACAUCCGGUUCGACGGGACCGGUGUUUGCGUUGAGGAGUGCCCCACGGUUACGAAUUUCGACCACCUGUGGGGGUGCACGGACGAGUUUUCGGGGUUUACGGUGGACGAAGGCUACGACUGCUCCGACGAUCCACUGGAGUGCGAGGCGAAGGCCGAUGUGGACCCGACGGGAGCCGAGGAUGGGGGCUUCGGCGGCGGCGACGGGGCGGGGGUCUGCAUGUACCAAGUGGAGUCCGUCGACUUUGUCGGUCGCUGUGUGUUUAGCGAACCGCAAGUGCUGGACAAGUUCGUCGACGUCGGUGGGGACGUCGCCUACCUGCAGGAGGCCGCUUCGGAUGUCUACACGGCACGUGGAUGGAUACUCGGGUUCGGUUUCUGCUUUUCUACGGUAAGUGGGUUUUGGUUGGUGCACCAGAUGGUACUUUCUUUCCCGCUAUUUGGAGGUUAUUUCCCUGGGAGCGGGCGGGAGAUACUGGAGCUUUUCGUCUCGAAUCUACCUGUCACUUGUGCUGCAAUUCUGGCUUUCCACAUCGAGUCUUGCAUUGAAAAUGAAGACGGGUAUAGAAGCACCGGUAGUGAAAAAGCCGCAGCGGCAGCAACCGUUCUGACAACCACCAACGCGCGUGUCGCUUUCCAGAUCCUAGGCUUCUUCUACCUCGGAAUGCUCCAGCUACCCGGACUGGUGUGCAUGAUGAUAUGGGGGAGCAUCGCUUGCGUGUUCUUCGUCCUCGUCGCAAUGGGGUUCGGCUUUGUGUCGCUAUCGGAGGACUGGGAGGGGGACGGCGAGCACACAGACGCCCAGGUUAUGGGCAGCCGGGUGACGGGCUAUUUGGCUUACGGAUGCGCGUUUCUGUUCCUAUGCCUCAUCGUGUUCCUGAGGAAGCAGAUCACCCUUGCCAACGGGAUCAUCAAGGAAUCUGUCCGCGCCAUCGGGACGGUGAAGAUGAUGUUCUUCAUGCCGUUGCUGCAGUGCGCGGCGAUAGUGGCGUUCCUCGUGCCGUGGGUCGUGUAUUCGGUCUACACGGCUUCCAUGGCGGACGUGAGACUCGUCAAACGUUGUAGAAUCAGACUUCGAUACAGCCUGACGGUGAAGAGUUUCGAAUACUCGGACGAGGUGGAGAACCGGGGGUGGUACCUCCUCUUCGUGUUUUUCUGGACGACGCAAUUCGUCGUGGCCAUGGGACAGAUCGUCGUGGCCCUUACGGUCGUCAAGUACUACUUCACGAGAGAUGUCGAGACGACAAUACGCGCGGUGCUGACGUACAUGCAGAAGAAGCUCCAGAAGUCGGGCAGCAAGGCCGCACAGGCGGUUCUGUGCUGCCUCUCGUGCUUCUUCUGGUGCCUCGAGAAGUGCGUCAGGUUCAUCAACAAGAACGCCUACAUCCAGGUGGCGAUAUUCAGCACUUCCUUCUGCCGGUCCUCCAAGAACGCCUUCUGGCUUAUAGCCAGGAACCUCGGACGUGUCGGUGCCGUCACCGUCGUCACGGACUUCGUAGUCUUCAUCAUGAAGCUGCUUUGUAUAACUCCCACGUGUAUUUUCCGUGUGAAACUCACCCAGGUGAUCGGUCUCGGGACGGCGGGCGUUACUUACGUGUUCCUGCAAAAGUUCAUGAAGGAAGAUCUGUACAGCCCCAUGGGCCCCGUCUUCUUCGCCGGGGUCAUGGCGUACUACGUCGCCUCCUCGUUCGCCGCUCUGCUUGGAAUGACAACGCUCACGAUCCUUCAGUGCUUCAUAGCUGACGAGGAGAUGUUCGAGGGCGAGGAUCGGUACGCCCGCAACGACCUCAAGGACUGGCUUGAUGCUCACGGGGUGAACGAGGAACCCUCUUCACCGCGCACGCCCAAGAAGAAGGGGGGAAGGAAGGAGGGCGAAGAGAAGGAGGGGGAGUACGCGGUGCAGACUGGUACAGCAUAG